UCCUUUGAUAUAAAAGAUUGUCAAUUUCCCAGCAUUCUCGUCUUAUAUUUCACUAGGAAGAAAUGAAAGCAUUUCGCUGCACCUCUGUUUCCCAAACUAAGCUUGGAACAAGCAUACUUAGCGCACAAUUCAAUCAAACAUUAACCAAACAGUAUACUUCAUCAAUCCAACUAAAUCCUCCAUCUUUACCUUUAUCUCAUCAAACUUUGACCACACAAAAACUGUUCCACAAAGACUGGUUAUCUCCAAAUGAAGUUGUUAAAAUCUUUUCUACAUUACCACCCAAUUCAGUUCUUCCUAUGUUAGAUCACAUCUCUAAGCGCAAAGAUUAUAAACCAAAUGAAACCCUUUACACUGUGAUCAUUAACAAGCUUGCCCAAGUGAAGAACUUUGACGCAAUUGAUGAUACAUUGAAAAUGAUCAAAACCCACAAAAAUUGCCGUCUUUCUGAUGACUUUUUCUACGAUUUGAUCAAGGUUUAUGGCAAUCUGGGUGGUUUAACUAAGAGGGUAAUCGAGAUACUUCACAAUAUGCCUGAAUAUAAUUGUUGGCCGACAACAAAAACAUUCAAUUUUGUGCUGAAUUUGCUAGUGAAUUCGAAUGAUUUUGAUGUUGUCUAUGAGGUUUUUGUAGGUGCUACUUCACUUGGAGUGGAGAUUGAUGGUUGUACGCUAAAUAUUAUGAUCAAAGGGUUGUGUAAAUGUGGGCGUUUAGAGGAUGCCUUCCAAGUGCUCGACGAAUUUCCUAAACAAGGGUGCAAACCAAAUAAGCAGACUUUUUCUACCAUAAUGCAUUGUAUGUGUGGAAAAGGUAUGGUGGAUGAAGCAUUUGGGUUGAUUAAGAGGAUGGAAAAGGAAGGGAUUUCGCCGGAUGCCGUUACAUUUAAUAUAUUGAUCUCUGGGUUGCAGAAGCAAGGGAGAACUGAGGAUUCAAUUGAGUUAUUAGAUAGAAUGAGGCUUAUGGGUUGUAAUCCUAAUAAAGGAAGUUAUCAAGAAGUUUUGUAUGGACUACUUAAAUCCAAGAGAUAUGGUGAUGCUAGAAGUUUUGUGCAUAGGAUGAGAUGCAAGUCCUUGAUUCCAAGCUUUUUGUCUUACAAGGAAUUGGUGUUGGGACUUUGCGAAGAAAAUUUGCUUGGAGAUGUGGAUUGGGUUUUGAAAAGUAUGGUUUCGGUUGGGUUUGUUCCAAGGAUGGUGAUGUGGAGAAAUGUCCUUGAAAAGAUUUUCACUAGGCAUAAUGCACCCCAUAUUGUAACUUUUAGUGAAAUUGUAAAGGAUUAGCAAAUUGAUUAAUAUUAUCCUUUUAUUAUAUAGUA